GGGGGACCCGGAGCCCAGCGGCGGGCGGGGCGGGGAGCUGCGGGGCGGGGCGGGGUGCGGGGCGGGGCUCCCCGCCGUCCCCCGCUCCAGCAUCUCCGCGGUGCAACUUCCGGAUGUAAGAGCGGCGCCUGCCAGCCGGCAGCGGAGGGAGCGAGCAGAGAAGAGGCCGGGCCCCCCGCACCCCGCGCCUCCCGCGCCCCGCGCCCCGCGCUCCCCGCGCGCUCUUGGUUGGUCUCAGGCUGGUCCGACUUCCCCCGGACCCCCGGGAGGGGGCUCUGGUGACCCUCUCCGCCUCCUCUCACCCUCCCUGCAGGCAUGCGCCCCUCGCCGUGACCCCCCCGCGGGGGGAGGAGGCUUGGGGGUCCAUGCUCGGAGACCCCCGGCUGCCCGGCGCCUGCCACUGAGGGCGGUGGGGGUGGGGGGCCGGGCCCCCAGCCUCCUGCCCCACCCCCUCGGCACCGCGGGCCCUGGGGGGCCACUGCCCCCGGCUGCGCGCUCCCGGCGGGCCGGGCCCCGGAAGGACCCCGGAGCUGCGGCCGGCAUCAGCCCAUGGCCCGGAGGUAUGAUGAACUGCCUCAAUACCCAGGCAUUGUGGACGGCACCUCAGCCCUGGCCAGCUUUUCGGAGGCUGCACUCUCGGCACCCAGGGGCCCCGGCCCCUACGGCCCCCGCCGGCCGCCCCCAGCCCCCAGCUUGGACACCGACAGCUUGAAGAGGGAGAAAGAUGAGAUUUAUGGCCUCACCCAUGCCCCCAUCCUUCCUUCGAGAGCUUGCUCUGCUCCUGUUCCCCACAGACACCCCCUCUUCCCGCUGCUGGCCCUGGUCUUUGAGAAGUGUGAACUGGCCACGUGCUCACCCCGUGAUGGGGCCAGUGCUGGGCUGGGCACACCUCUGGGCAGCGAUGUCUGCUCCUCCGACUCCUUCAACGAGGACAUUGCAGCCUUUGCCAAGCAGGUCCGCUCUGAGCGACCCCUCUUCUCCUCCAACCCGGAGCUGGACAAUCUGAUGAUCCAGGCCAUCCAGGUACUCCGGUUCCACCUGCUGGAGCUGGAGAAGGUCCACGACCUGUGCGACAACUUCUGUCACCGCUACAUCACCUGCCUCAAGGGGAAGAUGCCCAUCGACCUGGCCAUCGAGGACCGGGACGUCGGUGGCUGCAGGGAGGAUCUGGAGGAGUACCCGGCCCCCUGCCCCAGCCUCCCAGAACAGAAUAACACAUGGAUCAGAGACCAGGAAGACAGCGGGUCUGCACAUUUGGGGACCCCGGGCCCCUCCAGCGGGGGCCUGGCUUCUCAAAGUGGGGACAAUUCCAGUGACCAAGGAGAUGGGCUGGAUGCCAGCGUGGCCUCCCCCAGUUCUGGGGGUGAGGAUGAGGACGCAGACCAGGAGCGGCGGCGGAACAAGAAAAGGGGGAUCUUCCCCAAGGUGGCCACCAACAUCAUGAGGGCGUGGCUAUUCCAGCAUCUUUCGCACCCGUACCCGUCGGAGGAACAGAAGAAGCAGCUGGCCCAGGACACGGGACUCACCAUCCUGCAAGUGAACAACUGGUUCAUCAACGCCCGGAGACGCAUCGUGCAACCCAUGAUCGAUCAGUCCAACCGCACAGGGCAGGGUGCCGGCUUCAGCCCUGAGGGCCAGCCCAUGGGGGGCUACACGGAGACUCAGCCCCACGUGCCGGUCAGGCAGCCUGGAUCCAUGGGGAUGAGUCUGAACUUGGAAGGGGAGUGGCAUUACCUGUAGAGGCUGGAUUCAGGACACGUACCCCAUCUUCUGGACUCUGACCACCAUGCUUCUUCUUGGACCACAUCCCCACCUGGCCUCUGGCCUCCAGGACCCGCCUCUGGAGGCUCCUGCUACUCAAUGCCUACCUCCCUGGGGCCCUGCCUGGACCUGAGGGUACAGAGUGCCCACAGGGGCGGGCCUCUCAAGGACAAAAACCUGUGCCCCACUUCUGCCCUCACCCCUGAAGAUGCCAGGAAAGAUGCUGAGCCUGGGUCUCCAGGAAGUUGGUGAUGGGACCCCCCUCCCCCCACUGCCUGAACAGAGAUGGGAUCAGGGCUGGACCAAGGCUGCCAGGAAGGAGGGUCCCGGCAUUGGGAGAAAGGUCCUUCGUCCUUCCCGCCGCUUCCCUCCGCUCUCCCUACCUCCCGUCUUGGAUGGCUUCUAUCUUUUUUUUUUAAAGUGAUAAAGUCUUAGAACUA